AUGCGUGCCACUCAAAAAUCACUCUUGCAAGUACUGGAAGGGGUAGCAACCGCUACAAAAUCCCCGCGAGUCGAGACUGCGCCGAUCGAAAGCUGGAUUUUAUCGAUCGGGUUUCUCGAGGGAACUUUCAGAGAUUGGGAUAUCGCAGCCACUAAAAACCUGGUAGACUUUAAUGGCAGAAGGACGGGCCAUCUAACGAAAUUGGUUCUCGCCGUAACCUAUCUUCGCGAAUCAAUACGCACUAGUCAAGAAGUCACCACUACAGAGAUUGGUCACUGCUGGGAGGCUGUACGCGAUGCUAUCGAAGUCUACGACUUGGACGGUGCCCCCGAAAGGUUCUUCGUGUCUGGAAGCGUACAAGGUUUCUGGACUAUCGCGUUGGGCGAUUUAUCGGAAACCGGCCAUCCGGACGAGCUUUUCGGCCUCCGUGUGUGGAUACCCCACGCCAGUCCCAUGGGUACGACGACUAGCUUGAGUUCACGCCCGUCGACUGCCCAUAACUGGGUUCUUUCUGGAGAAGGACGGAAUUAUUUCCGUCAAACCGAACCAGUAAAGUAUUCAGUAAAGUAUUCAGCAAAUGCUACUCAUACCAAGGACGACUCCGCCCGGAACUGCAGCAAACCGGGAGACGAUUCUCAUAGCUAUGUACCAUUUCAAGAGCAUCCCAAUCUCAACGACACUGACCGGCGUGUCCGGGUGCAACAAGCUAAACAGGAGACAUAUACAAGGAACUCGUUCUAUUCCUUGCCGGCGGAAGCGGUUCAGAGGUUUGAAGUGGACUCGGACAACCUUUUCUCAACUUUCACCUUGUCUGAGUGCCCUUGUGGUCCAUUUGAAAAUAGGGCUAUGACUGGUGUUCCAGAGGGGCACUUCCCCGCGGAUUCACCCUCCCUAACAAAAUUCACAUCUCGUGAGCUUGUGCAAGCUGUGGAUUCCGCUCGCUCAUGGGAGGGUUUGAUCGACGAAGGACGAGAGCACGCACGGAAAGCCGAAUGGGAAGAUGCGCUACGAGCCUUCCACAACGCUCUCAGCCUCUGCGCCCCCGAGAAGUCAUUCCCAAACGCGAGAUAUUACAAGCACCUCGCUCUUGGAGAGAUAGGGAGUGCCAACAGAAGGUUUGGCCGGUAUAAGACUGCAAGUGAUUUCCUGGAAGAGGCCAUCAACGGACUGAAGCCGUGCCUCCGGCGAGUAGAGUUCAGCGGAGAGCUCGGAGUCACAUACUUGCACAUUGGCCAGCUUGAGGACGCCAGCAACGCCUUCACAAAGCAAUACGAGGCUGCCAAGGAGGUGGGGGCCGAUCGCGAGAUAUGUCGCGCAGUCGGGAACAUGGGGAUGCUAAACUUUCGCUUGUCUCAGAGAGACGACGACCAGAGCCUGCUCGACCUGGCGAUCACGCAACUCCAAGAACGGGUGGAUCUCGCAGAAGAUCUGAGACGAAACACCCUCACGCAAGCAGAGAGCACCAACUCCACCCACUGGCUUCAAGUUCUCGAAACCUGGAAGACAAUCGGGCUCUGCAGGCUCUCGUUGUGUCACUGCGCCCGUGGGAACGUCGACAAGGCCAUUGUCGUCUCCGCGGAGGCUCUCGAGAUGACGUCCCUGUCGAAAGAUGUCACAGUCAAAGCCAUGACACGGUUCUUCCACGGGCGGGCGCUUGUGAAAGGGAGGAGACGGGAGGAGGCGCUCCGCCUGUACAACAUCCCUGGGACGUGCUCACCUGCUAUUGCCUUUGCCAAAGAGCCGUCGGAAGAGAACCGCGGCUACUUGAAAGAGCUGGCAGACAUCGGAGCAGACUUUGACAUCGUCGACGAGCAAGGAUAUACGGCCCUCGACCACGCGGUCUUUAGCGGGGACGUGACGACGGAAAGCAUCAUAUUGGAGGGGCUGCGAAAGGUCUCCGAGGACAAGGCCCGCGAACGGCAAACGGAAGCCAGGCUGCGCAAGGGCUACCGAGAGCUGUUCCAAGAUAAGCUUCGCCCCGUCCUACUGAGCGGAGGCCUGUACGUCUUGUCCAGACUGAGGAAGGCUUACGCAGAGGCGCUCGCAACCGACGAGACCAAGAGGAGCGUGUUCGACGGGCUGAAUUUCAUGUGGUACUCUGACUUUCUUGAUUUCAAGAGGCUUCCGCGGUCCGACGACGGACUGGUUCGCGAGUUCAACUCCGACUGGCCUGACAAGAGCGCACGGGCUGCAGAGAAGGUUGUGUUCAUCUCGUAUCGAUGGAUCAACAAAACGCCAGGGGCGAAAUCCCCAGACGACGACAAACACACCCAGUACCGUCGCAUGGUUGACGCGAUCGAACACUACCUUCGCCUCAACCCUUCGGUGCACAAGGACAAGCUCGGGGUCUGGAUGGACCACGCCUGCGUCAACCAGGACAACCCAAACACGGGCGUUUCGGCGUUACCCAUGAUUAUCGCGCAGUGCGACGCAAUGAUCAGUCUCGUCGACGAGGACUACUACGACCGCGGGUGGUGCGCGGUCGAGGUCAUGAUGGCCGAGACGCUCCGGUCUUCCUAUAGCAUCCAUCAAUGGUACGAGCAUGUGGUGCAGCCGGGUGGCUCCAGGGUCGAGGGCGUGCUAAGAGAGGCGCCGGGUCGUCAGGUUGGUAUGAUGAAAGACAAACGCCUCACGUUCGAGACGGAUCGGCCCAAGGUCCUCUUCCUGGAGAGGCAGAGCAAGCUCCUCGGAUGA